AAUAAUUUCAAAAAAGACUACAGAACAAGAUUCUGCCAUGGAGGAAGAAGGAAGAUUGAUAUACAGCCAGGUCAAAACAUACUGAAACUUGUACAGGAUUGUUUUGAAAAUUGUGGCAGCGAUCUUACGAUAAACUCUCCAAGAGCGACCUGUUGCUUAACUCCUGUUGACAGAAACGGAAGGAGGGCUUCCAUAGAGAACCAAGGGGCAGAGUUAACGAACUCUGUGAAAAUAGCCUGUAAUUCUGCAGAGUCCUUAUCUGCAUCACCACUGAAAACAGUGAGCAGCAGAGGAUACUCACAUGAAUCACCUCUGAAGCCUGCAAUACCUGAUGACAUAGUAGUUUCUAAAAAACCAAAGUCUCCUGUGUCUAAAGGAGUACUAGAUAUAUUAAAUGAUGUUGGAGGACUAUGCACAGUUCCUGCCACGUCUUCAGACCUUGAGGAUGAUCAUGAGUCUGUUGAAGCACCUCUUCUUACAGAGAAAGUGGAAAGUUCUCCUGUAGCUAAAUUACAUUUUGAUGCCCAAGAUACUCCUGCCGCAGUGAAGAGCCAUGUGGAAGCUGGAAGUGUGGAGGGAUCACGGAAUGGGAGAGAUGAGCGGGCUGUUUGCACGCAACAAAGGGAACGUGCCGCUACGUCUUCUGUACGGAAAAAGAAGCCGUUCUGUUCGUUUGUCUUUUCAGCUGUAGCAACAGGAACACAUGCAAAAAGGUUUUCAACCUCAGCAUCACCACCGUCAACUCCUCCUAUGAAUGAUCAAGAUACAGAAGAUGAAUGUGAAUUUAUAAUUGAUGAAUCAGACAAUGUAUCCCACUCUUGGUUUUCAAUACCGCGUAAGAGCAAAACCCCAAAGCCAGCUGGUUCUGCAACAUCUGUUUCGAAAUUUCAGCCCUCUGAAAAUAAGACAGAAUGUAAGAAAGGCAAGAAGACAAAAGCAAAGGUUAAAGCACUUACUAAAGAGAAAGUGGAUGGUGGGAGUGUCAGCAUACAUGACUCCAGAGGAACAUCAGAAUCAGAUCCAGUCUCUGACAGUAAAGAAAAGGCCCUUAAAUCUCGAAGGCAAAACAGUACUCCUAGGGGAAAGAGUAAAAAGAAUGCACUUAGUCAAGACUCUCAAAACCGGAAAAAGGGCACGUCCUGGAAACUAGAAGAUGAAGAACUGAUGUUGCCACAGCCUGAACUGGAAAAAGAUGAUGAAGAACCGAUGUUGCCACAGCCUGAACUGAAAAAAACCCCACCUGGUGCAGAACAAGGUAAAACAAGAGCGACGCCAAGUAAGGAUUCUCCUGUCCACUCAGCUGGGCAUCAGCAGGAGCAGCCUGCAUCUCCAAAAAAGAAUCUCAAGUCUUCCAGGAAUCGGCAGUCAGCUUCAAAAUCUUCUCUGCAUUCAGUUCACAAGAAACAAAAUUGUAAGCGGAAACCUCUGAAAGAUGCAGUAGCUGAGAGACUGGCAGAAAGUCCGAGGAAGAAGCCUACAAAAUCUGGCAAGAAAAGUAGUAGUAAAAAACAUCAGUUACAAAAAGAGGAGAGUUCUGACAGUGAACCUGGUGAAGAGCUUGAAAGGGAGUGUGUAAAAUCAAAUGAAGUAUUUACCACACCCCUGAAUCAGAAAUUGCAGACUUCCAAUAUUCAGAAGUCAACUGAAAAGCCUGAAAAUGUGGUGCGUGCAUUGAAGUCACUUGGUGAUGAAAAUAACGAAACUCUAAAAUCACUACUACAGCAGCUCUUAGACAGUAUAAAGAAAUCUGAGAAGAAACAAUUGUCAGUGAAGUCUCCAGAGGAGACGCCCAAAAAGAUUCAUGGCAGAACCAGUAAAGAUGUUUGCUCAGACCCUGAGAACACUGAGCUGCAAAGUGAAUCUGACAGCUCUUCUGAGCAGGACACAGCAAGGAGAAAACAGAAAAUACCAGAUGUGAAAAUAAAAAGGAAAAAAAGAAAACGUGACACGCAGCAUGGACUAGAAGUUCCCCUCGCAACUGAGAAGGCUAUGGAUUUUGACAGUGGGCCUGUCAUAGAAUAUGGUGAUGAGCUUGCUUCCAGAAGUAAGUCACGUAAGCAGGAUAAUAUGUCUUCAGAUAAAUCUGAAGAGUUUAAUGAUGAAUUAAGAAGUCUAUUGUCAGACAACAUACCAAAGCAUAAAAUAGUAAUGCCUUCCAACACACCAAACGUUCGUCGGACAAAAAGGAUACGACUAAAACCUCUAGAAUAUUGGCGAGGCGAGCGUGUGAAUUAUGUCAUGAGGCCUUCAGGAGGAUUUGUGGUUAGUGGGAUACUGAGUCCAGAAACAGAACCUCACAGGAAGGUUAGACGGAGGAGUAAUCACAAGCAGGAAACGGCAGCCACGAGAAAUGAGGUAGUUGAAUCUCUGGGUCACACCCUAGCUGAUGCCAGUAAACCAGCCACUGUACUAGAUCCAGUAACAAAUGAGGAGGUACUUCUAGAAUGUAUUAACACUGAAAGCAGUCACUCAUGCUUCUUCAAAGAUGAAGCGGUAGAAAUAUACAAAAACUUGAAUACAUCUGCUUUUGCCAUGGGCAGAUUGGUUUUGAAACCGCGUAAAGAAAAAGGACACCAGUUUGUCCACAUGGAUACAGUAGCUUUCUAUGUUAUCCACGGCAAAGUUAUUGUUACUUUACAUAAGACAUCAUAUUGCCUGACUACAGGGGAUUUCUUCUAUGUUCCAGAAGGAAAUGGAUAUAACAUACGUAAUCUUCUGAACAAAGAAAGUGUUCUUCUCUUCACACAACUCAAAAAAGAUAGACCAAAAGCAAGAAGCAUGUUCUUGAAGACCUCUUCCCCGUAA